AUGUCUCUGGACUCAGACUUGCCGUCUGGGUUCCAAGUCAAGUACUUGGGUUCUGUUUCUUUUACUCGAAAGAAGCGUCAACCCCUGAAGGGGAUAGUGUCCCUACAGCGUCCCUUACUAGAUCUAUAUACUGGUGCCCGCCGGAGAGGGGAGAGUCAUCGCAGUAUUCACCCCUUGGCUCUCACUCAGCAAUUGGAGAUUUGCGACUAUGGCCUUGUGGUCGCAGAAGGCACGAACCGAGGAGAGACGGUUAUCACAAAAGUCAUCACACCCUUGUCGAAUGUAGUGCUGUGGGCUGCCGUCCGAUUCCAUGCGAGGAUUAUUAAGAGAAGGGUGUUCGGGGCUGCCUUCGUUCCCCUUGCCUGUUCCGAUGGCGUUCUGGAUCCAAAGAGCUACGUCUGCCUCGCCUCGAAACAGCGGUUUUUGGUGAGCUUGACCCAUCCAUCUGUGUUUGCCUGCAUGUACCGUUCCGUGGCCAGGCCCACCACCUUCGAAUGCCAUGCCUUCGUGUGUGCCACUGCCGAAGAUGCUGUUGCUUUGGCAGGCCUGGCAGCGGCUGCAGCUCGAAGGGAGGCGGAGCGACCCCGGAGGAGGAUUGUCCUUGGAGCCCCGCCCAGGAGGGUGGCGCCAUCACUGGAUUCAGGUGGUACCAGUUACUACACACCAUCAGACGUCACACCCAGAGACGAGGAUUACCGAUCGAGGGACCAUUUGCUGCCCAGAACAGAUACUGAAGAGGAAUCCAAUUCGUACGCCAGCCUCUUCCAGAAAACGUCUUCUCCCGUCGUAGGGCGGCGAUACAGAGGUCACCACAAGAAAUCCACCCACUACAGGGAGGCAAGGGCACUCAUCGGCCGCCCCAGUGAGGGGCGCAACCAGAGGAGGGAGCCCGAACCACUUCAGGAAGCCCCCCGAAACGAGCGUGGUCCGGCAUCGUUCCGGGACCGCGCCACCAUGACGGAGGCGACCGAGGUACUCGCCGAGACCAUCGACCUGAGCAGCGAGCGGUCGUCCUCCGCCUCUUCGUCCUCUGCCUCCGCGGGAUGGAGGCCGCUGCCCACGGACCCCCCGCCCCCCCUCGUCAAGUACACCUACUUCGGGUACGAGACCUACGCCAGGCCGGCACACAUGAAGACGCACUGCCCCAAGGAGCAGUCCAAGCUCAAGACGGGAGUGAUCCAAGGCAACGGUACGGGCAAGGUGACCAUCAACGUCUCCUAUCGCCCGGACAGCCGGGCCUCCUCCGCCUCCUCCUCCCGGACUGUCCCGCACGGCGUCCGCUCCUUCCACAAGGGAGGACACGUCCGGAACUGGUCCUCCCUCAGCCGGACCUCCUCCUCGUCCUCCUUGCGGGGCGCCACCACGCUGCCGCCCCUCGCCAAGGGUCACCAGAAGGUCAUCCGGUGGUCGUCGGAGGACGCUCUGCCGCCCCGGGCCAGGCACGGCGGGUUUUUCUGGAGCCUCAAGAGGAUUGGGAUGCAGUCGCUCACCAAAGCCAAGCACAAGACGGGAAAAUUCAUCUCAACGAUGAAGACCAAACUCAUGGGCACAAAGCGAUCCUCCGCGGACGGGUCCGAAGACUCUGCCUACGACACCUCCGAAGUCUGCCUCAGCCCGAGUGGUCGCCAGUGCGGCACUUCCUCGUCACCAAACCGCCAAACACAUCGCCAACAGUCCUGGAGCUUUCACGAUUUGAGAUCAGCCGGCCUGGAACGACCCGUUGUACGUAGCAGGAACGGACACAGGAGAAAACACCGCAGAAAAGCAGGCCGGAACUUCAUGAGGAAGGCGGGCCGUAGCUCUUCCUCGUCGGACUCUGGAGUCGAGGCUGCUUAUCACUCCGAUAAAUCCGGUUCGGAUCCAGGACGCUUGAACGGUGUGACUCGAGUCCAGGUUGAACAUGGGAUGGGAAACGGCACAUUCCAAAGGUGGUCCCACACCAACAUGCACGAAGAACUUGGAUACAUUCCUUGAAAUUUCCUGCCCCAUCCCAUACUUGUACAGACGAACUUGUACAUAUGAAUAUAUUUACAUUAUUAAAACACAUCACAAAGCAAACAGUCUCUUCCCGUGAAUGUAUAAGUGCAUCCAACAAGAUAGCUACAAAAUUGCUUCAUAUUUUUAGAGCUGUCUAAUGUUGGGAAACUUAGCUCAAGAAGAAUGUCAAAAAUACAUGGACUCAAUAGAAUACUAAAUAAGAGUUGUUUAUUUCAGAAAUGUGUCAAACGAAAACUCUGGUUUUUAUACGACUUACCAAGAGAGCAGUAUAUUUACAAGAUGCAGUGUUUGAUUACAAAUUAAAGCAGUGAAUAUCAAUCGGUGUCUUGUGGGGUUUCUGCACUGAAUGCGAUGACUUCUCUCUUUAAUUGAAAGAAAAUGUGGACUUUUUUUAAAAAAUCGUUUUGGCUUUCUACUGAUUUUUUAAACAAUAUAUACUGUCUGACCACGGAUUGUAUGGAAAGGCAAACAUCUGGUUUACAGACGGAAACGGGCGCAUCUAUUAGUUUUCGGGAUGUCAGCUUUUGCAGAUGUAUGUCCGCCUUUAAAUUAAGCAGAGUCUCAUUCAAAUGAGCGGAACACGCGCAACAAAAUCUUAAAUUUUUCCCCCUCAUUCAUAUAGAUUCGUCUUAACUGGACGUUUGCCAAUUCCAUACAAUCCGUGGUUAGACAUGCGCGUAUUCCGCUUAUUUGAAUGAGACUCUGCUUCUGCAAAAGCUGACAUCGGUAAAAAAUAAUAGAUUUGUCCAUUUCCGGCUGUAAAACGGAUGUUUGUCUUUCCAUACAAUCCGUGGUCAGACAGUACCUACCGAGCUUAAAUACCUCUUCAAUCAGUUGCACGACAGUGCAUCAGUUCCAAACAUAAUUAGGAGACAGCUGAAACAUCUAUGCACUAUAAUCGGAGGAAAAAAAGUUGGAAUCCAAAAAUAACAAAACUAUUUUCAUGUGACCAAAUUACCUGUAUAUAACAAGAUUCUACAUAAGCCUUACUCUGAACUUGGAUCUUCCACGUUAUAAUCACUGCCAGAUUUGGUCUGAUACCUGGUUAUUCUUUCUGUGAUUGGCCACCAUAAAAGUAUUUUUUGGUAAAAUAACUACUGCCAAAUUGUUUCUCUCCUUUAACCGUAAUACACUUGCUUGGAAAAUUUGUUUAUUUUUCUUGAUGAAUCAUUCAACAAAUAGACAUCAAGACAUUGUUAGGUAUGCUAGAUAUAGUUAAUAUCUUAAUUCUUAUUCAACACCAACUAAAUCUCUAUCACAGAAAAGAACUUUUGGAUCAGUUGUGCACCAACCAGUUCCGUAUUGCUACCUGAUAUUACCAAAGAACUGUACACAUUUUUACAACGGUUUCUUCAAAACGACACAGAUUUUUGUCUUUCAACCUAUCGAACUGACCAUGAAAACUUUAUUACAAUAUCAUUCACGACCAUCUUAGCAAAGCGAUCAUGGUUUCCAUUUGCAAUGAACUCCUAAAAAUACAAAAAGCGAAUACAAUAAUAUUUUCGAACUACACGAAGAAGUCUCCGCAAAAGUAAUUUCUUUAAGACACGCUUGAAAAUGAAAUCAGUAAUGUGAUAACUUUAUAAAAGAAGUUUAAGAGCCUUACACUCCAAACGAGUAAAAGGAAUAAGAAUGUUAUCUGGGGAAGAGAUGUCGAAAAUGUUAUAGCAUGUGAAAAAAUUCAUUAAUACUGUCUGACCACGGAGGUAUGGAAAGGCAAACAUCCGUUUUACUGGCGGAAAUGGACGCAUCUAUUAGUUUUCAGAGAUGCCAGCUUUUGCAGAUAUAUAUUAGCCUCUAAAUUAAGCAGAGCCUCGUUCAAAUAAGCGGAACAUGCGCAUCUAAUUCUUACUUUUCCCCCUCAUGCGGAUUGACUUGUCUUAAUUGGACGUUUGCUAAUUCCAUACAAUCCAUGGUUAGACAGUAGUGAUGGCACGUCAGUAAACUUAAAGUCAAGCAACUUGCAGCGUCUGUUACGUUUUGACUAGACAAGUUAAGCCCUGGUUUCCUAGGAGCGAAUCGACGAUCUUCGACGUCGCUCCUCGCCGUAACGCCGAAAUCAAAGUCAAGUGGAUUCCGGGGUGGCCAUUCACGACGUCGAUUUUGCUCGGGCGCGCAGCGCAGAAGAAUCAAGAAUUUCCCUCGGCGAGGAACGACGCCGACGAUCGGCUAGUUCACUUCUAGGAAACCAAGGCUUUACUUCUAGAAAUUUCUUUUAACGACGAUGCUAUAUUUAUUACGCCAAUUCUAUUUUUUUUUCCCAUAGCAAAAGUAAGGACCGUCCGUCUCUAAGAGAACAUUUGACUUUACUUAUUAUUGGAAAAAAUUGUCAGGAGCUAAAUCCUGAAAUUACUUGAGUACUGUUUGUUAUUGUGAUCAUAUGUAAAAAUAUAUCUAUUGGGGGGAAAAUGAGAAAAUAAUUAUGACACGUUAUUUUUUGAAUAAAAUUGUUGA